AUGAGCGGCACGCGUGUUUGCCCUUGGUGCGGCUUCAUCCCCCAAACCGACAAGGAACUGAAGAAGACCAAGCAUAUCGAGACCGAGCAUCCAGAUUCGCAAACUUCACAGCCUGAAGAUAGGUCACUGAGCAGGAGCCCUGCACCUUCACCACCGCGUCAGAGCGCUUCACGGAGGAGCUCGCCAACCCAACACCUCAAAAAGGAUUCCCCGGCAAAAUCUCAUUCUAAUCUCAAUGAGAACUGGAAGGCUUUCUUCCGUGGCCACCAGACAGCGUCGCAGAAACCCUCCCCUCGCAUACGGCAUACAUCGAAAGCGUCGCAUAAGGAUGCCAAGGCCGAAGAAGAUACCGAACGCUCUUCUUCGGACACAAAACGUCCAAAGCUAGGGAAAUCAGAACUUGGUCGGCAUCACCGCGAAGACCAAAUGCCAUCCUCCCUACGCACCCUUCUCGAAGAGAAACGAGGCUACUUCUCGAACGGCAUCAUCCCUGUACUGCAAAAGCUCCUGCAAGCAUCGAAUACGACGAGCGCAGCAUGGCUUUGCAGUCCUCAUGUGACACACGUAUCGAAACUCUCGCGGGAGGGCUCGUUCUGCGGCUACAGGAACAUUCAAAUGCUUUGCUCGCAUAUUAUCAACUCGGGCAGUUUUGGCGCGGCCAAAUUUGGUGACCAAGUGCCGAGCAUCUUCGACAUUCAGGAACUCAUCGAGAACGCGUGGGAUGAAGGCAUUAAUGCACGAGGGAGGGACGAGACGGGCGGGAUCCGCGGGACAAGGAAAUACAUCGGAACUCCAGAGGCACAAGCCAUGUUCACGAGCUUACAAAUACCCUGUUCCGUCAAUGCUUUUAGGACAAAGGAUUGCGCUGAAGCAAGGGCAUUGCUCCUCGAUUAUAUCCAACAGUACUUCGUACAGGGUGCCGGUGAGGAUACAUCAAAAGUGCGAGCGACAGCCUUACCUCCGAUCUAUUUCCAGCACAGAGGCCAUUCUAUGACCAUUGUUGGUCUCGAAAGACUGAAGAAUGGGUCACGCAACCUCAUUGUCUUUGAUCCUUCGUACAAGGACUCGACAGUCGUGGCUGGCUUACGUGGCAAAACGUACACUAGCGGUGGAAGGAGGGCAGAUUUCCAUUUGGAUUCGUAUCGAAAGGGUACCAGCUACUUGCGACGGCACAACGAGUUCGAAAUCCUAGUGUGA